AUGAUUUCACCUCAGAAGCACAUGGAAGACAAGCAGAUCACUGAGAAGCACAAGGCAGACAAACGUGUUACUGAGAAGCAUGUCCUUGAGAAGCAGGGCACCGAGAAGCAUGUGGCAGACAAGCAGGCCACUGAGAAGCACGUAGCAGACAAGCAGGCCACUGAGAAGCACGUAGCAGACAAGCAGGCCACUGAGAAGCACAUGCUGGAGAAGCAUGUGGCGGACAAGCACGCUACUGAGAAGCAUGUUAUUGCAGGAGGGAAGACUGAGAGCAGUACAGUCUCGGGGAAACCCACAGCUGGCACCACUGAUGCAGGAGAGGCUGCAAAGAUCCUAGCUGAAAAGAGACGACAGGCUUGGCUGCAGAAAGAACAGGAAGAACAAGAACGACUGGAGAAGGAAGAACAGGAGAGAAUGUGA